AUGAUAAUCAAAUUGAAGUCUAUAUGUCUUGAACAUAACCAUACAUUGGUUCCUAAAAAUGUAGCUUUUGUCAUGGAAUAUCAGAAGCUUAUUACAGAAAUGAAAAAACUUAUCGAAAGCUACACACUCUGCGAUGUUGAUAUCCUGUCUCAGGUUAGGUUGCUUUGUGGGUUGUUUCCCGAAGCAACAAUAGUAGAUUAUGAUGUAAAGAAUUAUGUUUAUAAGUUUUGUAGAAAUUAUGAAAUGGAGAGUAGUGAUGCUGCAAAGCUCCUUCAACAUUUUGAAAAAGAGUGUUCCAAGGAUCCUGAUUGGUAUGUUCAACCACUAAUUGAUUCAGAGACAAACAGGUUACAAGGUGUAUUCUAUAUGGCACCUAAACAACAAGAACUUUGGCAGCAUUAUGCUGAUAUUGUUUUAAACAAUAACACAGCAUUAACCAAUACUUAUAACCUACCAUUAAGCAUUUUUGCUGUUGUCAAUAAUAAUUUCAAAUCAUGGAUUGUUGCACAGGCCAUAUUACUUGAUAAAACAAGUGAAAGUUAUAGAUGGGUAUUACAACAGACAAUCGAAGCUACUGGAGUUCAAUCCAGUGCCUUUAUUAUUGAUGCUGAUCCAGGUCUUGAGAGCAUAGUUCAUGAAAUAUAUCCAGACACCUACCUUUUUCACUAUGUUUGGCAUAUUGGACGCAAUCUUGAAAAACAAUUGUCCAAACCUCUUGGUGACCGUUAUUCUGAUUUUCUUAAAGCAUUUUAUCAUGCCUGA